CGCCUGUUGCUGGAAUACACCUAUCAGGCGCUGGAGAACGCCGGACUAUCCAUCGACGCCGUCUCCGGCAGCCGCACCUCGGUGUACUCCGGCUCGUUCUCGACGGACUGGCAGCACAUGCAGCUGAAAGACGGCGAGACGUGCCGGACGACAGCCAUUCUGGGGCAGGAGCCGUGCGUCAACGCCAACCGCAUCAGCUGGUUCUUCAACCUGCACGGCAACAGC